AUGUCUACCCUUUCUGAUGUUUGGCUCCUUCUCGACGAUCCCCAAAUGACGUUCUCGGCUGGAAGUCAAAAAGUCUUACCAGCUAACACUGGGGCUUGGAUAGGAAAUACCUCUUCGACAAUUGGCGGAGAUAUCUCCAUCGCCUUCCAAGGCACCUCGAUAUCAUUCACGGGUGACAUUUCCCUUAGUACAACUUCUCCAACCUGGUUCCUCGCUGGGAUUGAUUUGAACUCCCCGUACAAUGUUUCAUUUCCGGAUGCUGGAACACAAAUUUACACCCAAUGGUAUCAAACUCCAAUACUCCCUGACGGGUUGCAUUUCGUCAACCUGUCGAGUAUUUUCGUGAAUGUGGACUACGCCAUCAUCACCGCAGGUGCUACAACGCAAUUGAAUGGUUCCACUAUCGUGGUCGACGACAGAAGCUCAGAGAUUACCUAUACUGGGAAUGGUUGGGCGACUAGUGACACUGAGAUAAUUCUCGGAAGUGGUUGGGUCAAUGGACCACCUUUAGGGAACACUACUCAUCGAACGAGCAACGUAGGUGACGGGUUCAGCUUUAGAUUCGCCGGUUCAAAUAUCAAUGUCUAUGGCGUCUUCGAGUGGACAGCUACAGGCAACGUGGAUGUCGAUUUUGUCCUUGACGGCGAAACAACUUCCUCUAGUCUCUUUGUUCCUCUCAAUACUGUCGUCGUUCAUCCAGAAAUAUUGAACUAUCAGCUCUUUUCUUCAGGAAAUUUACUUGCGGGUAAUCAUACUCUCAUUAUGAAUAUCACCCAAGCCAAUGGGAACCAGAGCUUCAUCCUCGAUUACUUGACAUAUCAACCGUCCUUCUCCUUCCUCGCGGGGAAGCCGAAUUUCACUGCCUCUGCCUCGUCUGCACCUGAUAGUCCUUUAUCGUCGGCGUCGAAUACGGGAAUGACAGGAGCAAUGAUCCACAAUGGCAUGAAUAUUGGGGCAAUUGUGGGAGGUGUACUUGGUGGCUUGAUAGGUAUAUUCAUCUCCCUGUUGUUUUUCCUAUGGCGUUGGCGGAGACACAGGGCAGAUAUUGAGCGGCGGUUGCAGGAAAGCAGUAGGUUAUCCUAUUUUUUGCGAGGAAGAUUAUCGGAUUCACCACCGCCUUUCUAUACCAAGUCUUCCAACCGUUUCAGCAUCUGCAUCGAAAAAUUCAAACACCACAAUUUGCUACAACCCAUACAGAUAGCAUUGCACCACCAGCUCCUACAAGAAUCUCUGGCUGGGAAGAACCUCCUGCAUAUGAUGAACUGA